AUGGAUGGGGAUUAUUUUGGGAUACUAGUGGAUGAAUCAAAGGAUAUAUCACACAAGGAGCAAAUGACACUUGUUCUGAGUUAUGUUAACAAAGAAGGCGAAGUAGUAGAGCAUUUUGUUGGUAUUGUUCAUGUUAGUGAUACAUCUGCUCGUUCAUUAAAGGAGGCAGUCUACUCUUUUCUUUCAAAUCACUCAUUAAGUCCAUCACAAAUACGUGGGCAAGGUUAUGAUGGAGCUAGCAACAUGCAGGGAAAGCUAAAUGGUCUUAAGACUUUGAUUUUGAGUGAGACUCCAUUGGCAUAUUGCAUUCAUUAUUUUGCUCACCAAUUGCAGUUAACACUUGUAGCUCUUGCGAAGAAGAAUUCGAAUGAUUAUCAUUAUAGAUCAUUACAUAAUCUCAUUGUCCUAUUUCCAUCAAUUAUUCAUAUGCUUGAAUUUAUUGGACGUGAAUGUCCUAAUUAUACUGACAGACUUGUUGCUAAAAGUCUUGUGAGUACGAUUAAGGAAUUUGAUUUUACUUUUAUGUUGUACUUGAUGUGGAAAGUUCUAAUGAUGACAAAAGAGUUGAGCUCCUCAUUAAAAAGGAUGGAUCAAGAUAUUGUCAAUGCGAUGGGACUUCUCGAUCUUACAAAGCAAAGAUUACAAAAUAGGAAGGAUAGUGAAUUCGAAUUAUUAAUGGAUGAUGUCUUUUCUUUUGGUGAUAAAUAUGAUAUAAUGAUUCCGAAGAUGGUCGCUAGCGACUUUCCUGGAAAGUCGAAGCGUAGAGCGCUUGAUGUUACAUAUUCUCAUCAUUUGCGCGUUGAUAUAUUUUAUGUUGUUAUUGAUUUACAUCUUUAA